GGGUUUCAUGUUUUUUGUCUUUAACUCUCUAUAAAUCCCUCCCAAUACAUUCAUUCUCCUCCCACACCUUUCUCCGUUCUAACAUCUCACCGCCGAUCAAAUAUGGACGUUCGCCGGCGACCGGUCAAGAACCAAUCCCAUCAGCGGCCGGUAAAACAACCAACCGCCGGCGAACUUCUAAAAGCCUACAACCAACCAAAACCCUCCGACGCCCUCCCUCUCCCACUUUACCUAACCAACGGCCUCUUCUUCACCAUCUUCUUCUCCGUCAUGUACUUCCUCCUCCAUCGAUGGCGCGAGAAGAUCCGCAACUCCGUCCCUCUCCACGUCCUCACCUUCUCGGAGCUCGCCGCCGUAGCGUCCCUCAUCGCCUCCGUCGUCUAUCUCGUCGGCUUCUUUGGCAUCGAAUUUGUCCAAUCUAUCUUCAGACCAUCUCCCGACUCAUGGGAGAUAGAAGAUGAUAGUUUGGAUCAAAUCAUGUUGGCCGAAGAUAAGCCAACUAAACAAUGCGGGGAAUUAUUAAUUCCCCGCAUUGUGGCUGCCACUACUGAGGUGGCGGAGAUGACAAAAGAAAAUAAUAAAGAAAAAAUAAAACCACCACCGGUUACUGAUCACUCAUCCUCCUGGUCAGUGGAGGAUGAGGAGAUUGUAAAACUGGUGGUGGAUGGGUCCCUCCCGUCGUACUCUCUCGAGUCAAAACUCGGAGACUGCAAACGCGCAGCAAAGAUACGACGGGAGGCGCUGCAGCGGAUAACUGGGAAGUCGUUGUCUGGGCUUCCGCUAGAAGGGUUUGAUUACGAGUCGAUAUUGGGACAGUGUUGUGAGAUGCCGGUUGGGUAUGUGCAGAUUCCGGUGGGGAUUGCGGGGCCGUUGUUGUUGAAUGGGGCGGAGUUUUCGGUCCCGAUGGCGACGACGGAAGGUUGUUUGGUGGCGAGCACCAAUAGAGGGUGUAAGGCUAUAUACGUCUCCGGUGGUGCCACGUGUAUAUUGAUGAAAGACGGCAUGACGAGGGCUCCGGUGGUUAGGUUCAGCAGCGUAAAGAGAGCGGCGGAGUUGAAGCAGUUCUUGGAAGAUCCGAUGAAUUUCGAAACUCUUGCCCUUGUGUUUAACAAAUCAAGCAGAUUUGGAAGGCUACAAAGUGUUAAAUGUGCCAUUGCUGGCAAGAAUCUAUACAUAAGGUUUUGUUGCGCAACCGGAGAUGCGAUGGGGAUGAACAUGGUCUCGAAAGGUGUCCAAAACGUCCUUGAUUUCCUUCAUGACGAUUUCCCAGAUAUGGAUGUCAUGGGCAUUUCUGGAAACUAUUGUUCAGAUAAGAAACCUGCAGCGGUAAACUGGAUAGAAGGGCGUGGAAAGUCCGUGGUAUGCGAGGCGGUGAUCAAAGAAGAAGUGGUUCAUAAGGUGCUGAAAACAACUGUCCCAGCUCUAGUUGAGCUUAACAUGCUCAAGAAUCUAACAGGAUCUGCGAUGGCUGGUGCACUCGGAGGCUUUAAUGCACAUGCUAGCAAUAUAGUCUCCGCAGUGUACCUAGCGACCGGGCAAGAUCCUGCUCAGAAUGUUGAGAGCUCUCAUUGCAUUACUAUGAUGGAAGCCGUAAAUGACGGCAAAGAUCUUCAUAUAUCGGUCAGCAUGCCUUCCAUAGAGGUUGGAACAGUUGGAGGUGGUACACAGCUUGCUUCACAGUCAGCAUGUUUAAACCUAUUAGGUGUCAAAGGUGCAAGCAAAGAUGAGCCAGGGUCAAACGCUAGGGUGUUAGCCACAAUAGUAGCUGGUUCAGUCCUUGCUGGUGAGCUCUCUCUGAUGUCAGCAAUAUCAGCUGGUCAGCUUGUCAAGAGCCACAUGAAAUACAAUAGAUCCACCAGAGAUAUGUCCAAGUUAACCUCCUCUAAUUAGGGUUUCAUACACCCUAUUUAAAACAGGUUUAUAAAUGUAGGAACAUAUAUAAAUAUUUGAAAUGGAAUAAAAGGGUAGAUCAUGGGUGGAUUAAGGGGGGAUCAAAGUGUUGUGUGUUUUUUGAAGAUGCCCAUGUGAGUUUGGAUCUGUUUCCCAAGUGUAUAAAGGUGUUGUAUGUGUAAUAGUGGUGGUGAGGUGGUGGUGGAGUGAGGGAAUCAAAUUAAGGAAACAGAGAUCUAGGGGUGUACAAUGGUGUUUGUUUUUUCUUGUCUUUCGGUUUUUUAAUGUAGUUGGUGGUAGUCAUUUGGUUUGGCAUGUGCAAAUGCUUCUAUUUUAUUCGUA